GAACACGAACUUGCAGAUUCGAAACCAACCGAAUUUCACAUUAAUGACCAUGUAACAUGGGAUCAAAGCCUUAAUGUUCAACAAGUACAGUCUCUUCGAGAAUCGCUGAACCGAUACUGCCGCUGCGUUCGACUGGUGACGGAGAGGAAGGAACAACCACCGAGGAUCGAGAAUCGAAAGAAUCCACCAGACAACUUUCAACUGCAGAGCCCGCCGCAGAUUCAAAGGAAAUAG